AUGGGUGUAUGGGGUGCUAUGUAUAGUAAAUCAUAUGGGUCCGAACUUAAUAUUGUUGGAGCAGCACUUGGUGGUAUCAUUGCUGAUAUUGACCAUGUCGCUAGAUAUAAUCUUGGAACACUCUUUGCCGGAUUUGUUAUUACAGCAAUUAAUGGAUUAUCGCAUGAGUAUCCUGCUUUGAAUGAUUAUAUCAACAAGAAUGUGUUCCCAUCUCAGCUUGACUAUUUUAGAAAGUCAGAUACAGUCUGCUUAUUAGGAUAUCUUUUGUCUUACCCAUUUGUGAAACUUGAGCAAUUUGUUUCUAUUAGAAUUAAGGCAUUAGAUAACCCUAUCGUCAAGAAUGUCACAUCUUCAAACAAUACAUUAUUGAAUGACCUUGUCCCAGACAUACCAUUACUUUUUUACACUUCAAGCAAAGAUGAUGUUAUUCCAGCUUCUGAUACUGAUAAAUUGUAUGACAAAUGGUGUGCUGCAGAAGUUCCAAUUUCAUAUCGUCAAGAUGAGAUUGGUGGUCAUAUCACGCAAAUGGUUUCAGGAGCUGGAUAUGCUUUUGAGUUUGUGAAGGCUAGAUUGAACGGUACUCCAGCACCUCAAGGAUGUAACAAGGUAGUUGCUGUUUCCAAUAUAUUCUCCAUUACAGAUUUGGAAGGGUUAGGAAGUGUUAUUGCUGCUGCCAUCAAAACCUUAUUUUUGCAACCUCUUGGUCCCUUUUGGAUGCAGUAA